CACCGUUUUAUGUUUGUCGCUUCAAAUCAACUAUAAAUUGCAGAUUCGGUCUAAAUUUCAGCUUCAAAUUUUGAUUGCAGAUUUUCAAAAUUCAAAUGGACAAAAUCAGCCUCACCGAUUUGAGACUGCGAUUCUUCGGUCCGACGUUGGACGAAAGUGUUUUCUACGGGAUCGACUGUUUGUUGGAUUUUUUCGGAACUAAAUAUAAUCGUUUUUCAGAAGAAGAAUUCAAAUUAGCAGCAGCCGAAAGGAGCGGCACCAAGAAAGCUGUCAGCGAUUUGAAUCUGUACAAAUCUUGCCACGAUGUGAGCAUUAACGCCUCAAGCUCUGGUACUGCUCCACCAUCACAUGAGACUCUUAGCUCGCCUAAAACUAGCAGCUCUGUGAGGUCAUUUGAAAAAGAUACGCUGAAUAAGGUGGAAAAUUCGAUGUUGAGCAGCUCAGAUGGUGUCAGUAGUCCUAGAAUUUCUGGAACCUCCAGGGAUAAGAUAAUUAAUUCAAAGGACUCCUCGAGGAGAUCGUCCAAAGAAGAGAAGAUGCUGACGUUAAAUGAUUCGAGAAAAUCGUCCAAAGAAUCCUCAAUAUUACACACUGCCAACGGCGGCUCUAAUCCGGUUCAGGAAUCCAGAAGAUCUUCGGAAUCUUUCCGUUUAGCAAAAAUGCAGGUAGAUCCAACUAACUCUUCCGGGGAGAAAAUAGGUUCCGAAGUCUCCAAAGAUAGGAUUAUGAUUUCCAAAGAAAAGGUUAUCGAUUCGAAGAACUCCUCGAGGAGAUCGUCUAAUGAUGAAAAGAUGUCUAUUAAGAAGCGAAUACAAACAUCACCGCCAUUCUCCAAGGAAGCUUUCAAACCAUUUCGUUCGCCUAAACUUUCAACCACAGCAGGUAACAACAGCAGAACAAACUCGUUCUCCAAUAGUAAAGUUCUAGAUAAGAUAAAAAAAGAACUUGUGAACAACUCCAUCGCCAACAUGAAAAUCAGUCCUUCUGUUGCUGGUAGCACAGUUCCGAAUUCUCCCCCCAGAAAACGAACGUUAUCCUCCAGUUCCAACAAUCGAUACAAUACCCCAUCAAAGUUACCGGCCCAACGUCCCAAGCAAAUCUUAAGCAGGUGGGCUCUGGCACGGGUGAACGAGUUUGAUGAUGGUGCCAAAACGUACGACAUUGUCCUUGAUGAGACAUUGGAACAGAAACUGCCGAAGCUGUUAUCGGAGUGCCCUGUUCCCGAGAUUGUUUUUGCAACGCUACCGGACGGCUGUACGAUCUCCUAUCGAUUUGAGAAGGAAAAAUCAAAAUGCUGAGACGGAUUUCAUGAAGUCUGCUGGCAGCUAAAUAAA